AUGUCGAAGAACGUUAUGUCUGCCCGCUUUAGGCGAGUGGACGUGGACGAGUACGACGAGAACAAAUUUGUAGACGAGGAGGACGGAGGGGAGAACCAGCUGGGUCCCGACGAGGCGGAGGUGGACUCUCUCGUCAGACAAUCCUGCACAGGUGACAACAUGGCAGCUCUACACGCUGUUCUCAAGAACCCACCAAUCAACACCAAGAACCAGAACGUCAAGGACCGUGCGGAGAACUUGGUGCUGAAAGUGCUCAGCGCCUUCAAGAGCAGCGACAUUGAGAAAGGAGUUCAGUCACUGGACAAAAAUGGAGUGGACCUGCUGAUGAAAUACAUUUACAAAGGCUUUGAGAGGCCAUCGGAAAAUAGCAGCGCUGUCCUCCUACAGUGGCAUGAAAAGGCACUGGCCGCCGGAGGAGUGGGCAGCAUUGUUCGGGUGCUGACAGCCAGGAAGACGGUCUAA